AUGAGCGACAUUCCCAUUCAGUUGGGCCACUAUCGGCUGGGCAAGACGCUCGGCAUCGGCUCAUUCGGCAAAGUAAAGUUGGCCGAACAUGACAUCACAGGCCACAAAGUAGCCAUCAAGAUCCUCAACCGCAACAAGAUCCGCAGCCUCGACAUGAGCGAAAAGGUGCGACGCGAGAUCACACUGUUGCGUAAGAUGCGCCAUCCACACAUUAUCCGCCUAUACGAGGUGAUCGACACGCCCACGGACAUCUUCAUGGUGCUCGAGUACAUUGCAGGCGGAGAGCUCUUCGAUUACAUCGUGUCUAAAGGCCGAUUGGCUCCAGAAGAAGCGCGACAUUUCUUCCACCAGAUCAUCUCGGGAGUGGAAUAUUGCCAUUUCCACCGUAUCGUACACCGAGACCUGAAGCCCGAAAACUUGCUGCUAGACGCAGACAAUAACAUCAAGAUCGCAGACUUCGGACUGUCCAAUAGCAUGGAAGAUGGAGAUUUCCUGCGCACGUCGUGUGGCUCUCCCAAUUACGCCGCGCCCGAGGUGAUUUCUGGCAGUCUGUAUGCUGGUCCAGAGGUGGAUGUGUGGUCCUGUGGCGUCAUUCUGUACGCGCUACUGUGUGGCAGUCUUCCGUUCGAUGACGAGAGUAUCCCCAAUUUGUUUAAAAAAAUCCGUGGCGGCAUGUACUCGCUGCCCAGCCACCUGUCCGAGAUGGCGCGCGACCUCAUCCCGCGCAUGCUCGUGGUGGACCCCAUGAAGCGUAUCACGAUCCCGGAGAUCCGACAGCAUCCCUGGUUCCAAAUCGACCUCCCACCGUAUCUGCAACAUCCACCUGAAAUUGUGGAAAACCAGACUUUCAAGAUUGACGACGAGUGCUUGUCGCAGUGUUUGGCACUGAGCUACGCCGCGAAUAUCGGACAUGACCAGCUGGUUGCGUUGCUUAUGAGACGAGAGAAUCAUCCGCUUCGAGUGGCUUACGAGCUGAUCUUAGAUCAUAAGAACGCCAAGAUCCGAAUCGAUGAACUACGUGACGUUCGGACGGUGAAUAACAAGCCCAAGACGUUCUCGACACCUGAGCCUAGUACGUUGCUAUUACCAGGGCGAGGACCUCUUCCCAUGGCUGCAUCGCCCUUGAUCACGCCGUCAUCAGCGCUCCAGGAUCCUCGGAAUUUCGGUGGUCGUGGGAUUAGUAUUCCGGGACAAGCACCUCGAAUGUCAACAGGAGGCAACGGUAUGCCCGGCUUUGACGACGGUCACGGCGGCGCAGCUCCUACCCCCAAGCGACGACGAUGGUACCUGGGUAUUCAGUCGAAAAAAGAGCCCGCUCACGUCAUGUCGGAGGUGUACAAGGCGCUGUUUGUGCUCCACUUUGAGUGGAAAGUCGUGGCGCCGUACCGUGUAAAGUGUCGAUGGCAAUCGCCUGCAGGAGACCCCAAUGGAGGCGCCGUGAUGAACGCGGAAGACGCGAAACUGCAACAACAGAUGCAACGCAUCAAGAUCGGCUUGCAGCUGUACAAGGUGCAGCAACACAUCUAUCUCUUGGACUUCCAGCGUCUGGAUGGCAAUGCCUUCACGUACAUGAACCUCUGUGCACGCAUCAUUACGGAGCUCAAGACGCUCUCGGGGAUCCGACCGCUGGCUAGUGGCCACGACCCACGCUUUGGAGAUGGCAACAUGAACUCGGUGCACUUACACCAGCACAAUCCACACGCUCAAGGCGCUCAGUGA